UCGACAUUCGCAUUGCAGUCGACCAAGCAAUUUCCAACAGUGCUCAAGAUGAAACGCACGCGAAUCUCGUACGUGCAGUGAAAAAACCUUGAAAAGCUAGUGAAAAUGUGCUGAAACUUUCAGAAAAGCAGCGCAUUUUGUUCCCCAGCAAAGCUCCAAUUCGUGGAAAAUUUCAUCGAGCAACGCUAGCAGCUGUUCCCGAGAGUAAACACAACCUUCGGCGGCAGCUGAAGCAGAAGCAACUUCAUCGAAGCAAUAAAAAAAGAAGAAGAUUAGUGUGAGUGAGUGCGAGAGAGUGUGUUAAGUUCGUGGCUGGAGCGCGCGCAGAGCUCAGUGUGCGUUCAGUUCCGUCCGCGCGGCCACACAGGUGGGAGCAGUUUUAGUGAGUCGUCGUCGGAAAAGAGUGCGGUAGUGUGCAAUCAUGGCGGCUGCCACCCUGGACCAGGCUGCCGUGGAUAAGCGGGCCCGGGAAAUCGAGACCGAGUAUCUGUCCAGCUUGGCGGAUCUGAACGUCAACAGCAAGCCGCUCAUCAACAUGCUGACCAUCCUGGCCGAGGAGAACCUCGACUACGCCCCGAUCAUCGUGAACGCCGUCGAGAAGCAUCUGUCCCAGGUUCAGCCGGAGGUCAAGCUACCGAUCCUGUACCUCAUCGAUUCGAUCGUCAAGAACGUCGGCAAGCAGUACCAGUCGCUGUUCAGUCAGGUCAUCGUAAGCACCUUCUGCGGGGUGUUUGAAACGGUGAACGAGCGGGUCCGCGAGAAGAUGUUCAGUCUGCGCCAGACGUGGAACGAGGUGUUCCCUCAGUCCAAGCUGUACGCGCUGGACAUCAAGAUCAACUCGAUCGACCCGGGUUGGCCAAUUACGGCGCAGCUGAAGCCCAAGUCGCCGGCCAUCCACGUGAACCCGAUGUUUCUCAAGAACAAGGUUCCCGAGCCAAACCUGGACAUGCAACAGCAGCUUCGCGACAAGCAGCGCGAGCUGUUGGAACUACAGGCCCGAAAGCUCGAGCUGGAACUGAUUGCCACAAAGAAGCGCAUCGAAGAGCAAGAGAAGCAACUGGUGCUGCAAACGGCAAGCGUUUCCAAAGAGCCGACUUCAGAGCUCAAACGACCGGCGAGUGCGGUUGUUCAACCUGCCGCCACAGUUCCUAACCCCCGUGGUCGUAUUUUGCCUCCGAACCAGGGAAUGAUCAACCUGGUCAAAUCGCGUGACCCCCGUUUAGCGCGUCGCAACGCUGCCCUUGGUGCGCCAUCGGCGGCCACUGCCGGAGUCAGCUCGACCGUCGUCGCUGGCGUACAGAUCCCUGCCCAGCCGGACAGCGGACGCCUCGGUCGCAUACCGAAACGGGUCGAUCCACGGCUCAAGGCCCAGCAAGCAGACGCCGAUCGGAAGAAGGUAACCAGUACAACCACCAGCGGUGGCCCCUCGCUGAAAUCGCGGGCCGAGUACGACCCCACAAAGAAGCGAGACCGGAAGGAUGACACCAGACUCGGAAAGACCAGCUCGCUCAAGUCGUCUUCGUCCGAGAAUAAGAAAAAGUCCUCCUCCGAGUCGUCUCCUUCGAAGAGUCCGUCUUCCAAGAAAAAGUCAUCUUCGGCUGAAAAGUCGCCGUCGCGUAACGAAAAAAGUUCGCCCAAGUCACGCGAAAGCAGCAGCAGCAAGCACAACAAGAUCUCCAGCAGUAGCAGCAGCGAAAGCAUCAAAAGUGCCAUCCGCCGUCCCCGGGAAUCGUCCAAGAGUCCCAACCGUAACGCAUCACCGGCGGCCAACUUCGAAAGCCUGGUGGUGCCGAUCACCAACGAGUCGAAAGAUGUCGAUCUCCGCGUGCUGAUGCCGGAGAAGAAGCUGAAGCUAGACCACCAUCAACAGGCAAACUUAGUUAUGAAACCCGUGGCCGGCGAUCAAAAGAAAGUGUUGGGUGAGCCGGCGCUAGACGCGAAGCCGACGAUGGUCACGCAGGACAUCGAUCUGCGUGUUCCGCCACCGGCGCUGCUCAAAGAUGUGGUCGUCGUCGCAGUUCCCGACAGCGUUUCGCCCGGCAUAUCAACGUCGGCCGUCGCCGAGUCCCUCGGUGGUAGCUCCGGUAGUAUAGUUGAACCUACCUCGUCCACGACGGUCGAUUCCCUGAGCGGUGGCGGCGCCACCUCCACCAUCAAAAAGCGACCUAGCAAUCACAAGUACGAGGAACAACCGGCCAGCAAGAAGAGCAAGUCGGAGAAAAUCGACGUGUUGUUUGGCGCCGAGGAUGUGGAUCUGCGCAAGCUAGCUGGUCCGUUGAAUCCGGAGUCCAUUUUGCCGCCACCGCCGCCGAUCAUUUCCACGGAACCGACGAACGUCGUCGCUGCAGCGGUCGUCGAGUUGAGUGAAUCUCCUGAGCGGCAGCUGCCUUCUUCGAAGGCCGCGCUGGAAGCGGUUCGAGCGAAGAUCGCCGAAGCGGCCAAGAACAAGGAUCGCGACAAGCUUGGUCGGCCACUGCUGUACAACAAGCUACCGGAUGAUCCCGCAGAACGUCGACGCUCCAUCAAUCAACCGAAGCCGAUGGAUGUGGACCUGCGGCAGCAGCAGCAACAACAGCAGCAGCAGCAGCUUCAGGACGAGGACAACUCCCAGGACGGCAUGAACGCCAACAUUAAAACCAUCAUCGCCCAGGCCCAGGAGCAGAUGGAAAAGGGCGAGAUAACCCCAGAGCAGUACAACAUCCUGAUGAAGCAGGUCAUUCAGCUGAACGAAACGCAAAAGAUUCGCCAAGCCCAGCGUAUGGAACUGAUGAAGCGUUCGCAGCAAGUGGGCGUUCCACAGCAGGAACCGGACGAAGUCAUCCGGAUUGACGACGAAAAAGCGCGCAGUCCUUUGCCGGUAGCGGAAGAGUCGACGGUGCCACCACCACCGCAAGCGGUGGUGAACGACUUCCGUGGCAAGGUUGCCCCACUGGAGGGGCCAAACUUUGCCAAUUCAACGGCGGCCGAUUUGAGGCAGCGAGAUCCACGUCGUCCGAGAGAUGCUCGUUUCAAUCCGCAACCGGUGGUGCAACCCGCACCGGCCUGGCCAAAUCGUCCAGUUCAAAGCGUACCGGCACCGUCCGGUUUGAUCAUCAACCAUCGGCCGCCAGCUCCGAUGCUGAACCCGUGGGAAAAGGCGCCGUUUUCGAGGAUCGACCAGAACAUGAUUCCUCCGCCACCGAUCCGGCCGCACUAUCCGCCGCCCAUAGGCAUGAACAACAUCGUGGGUGGUCCGAUGCAGACAAUGCUGAUGCCGGGCGUGGCCAAGCUGAACGACAGCGUUCGUACGAUCAACAUCGACGGUAUCCAGAGGGAGAUCCGGUUCUACGACGACAUUGCGGUCAUUUUCAUGAGCUGGGAUGAACCGAAAGAGAUCGGUUUUCAGAAGGGGUCUCGGAUGGUCGUUGUCGAUGAUCGCGACUCGUUCGAGCUGAGCUUCAACGAAUGCUACAAGUCCAUCACGAUCGAGGGUAAAGUUUACCAGAUGAAGCUGGGUGCGCCAACGCGUGAGCUGUACAUCGACAACAGCUGGUACGAGUGCUACUUUGGGGAUCCCCCGUCGAACAUCACCCUGGACGGCAUUACGCGCGUCUUUAAGAUCAGCGGACCUGCCCCGCAGGUCAAGAUUGGAAACAGUCGCAACGAUCUCGUGGCUGGCAAAAUCAACAUGAUCGUCAAUGCGGAAACGAUCAUUCCCGUGUUCCUGGACUCGCAGGUGCAAAUGUUUGAAAUACAGGGCACGAUCCACAAGCUGCAGUUUGCAGACUUUCUGUUGACGGUCAUCUUGGACGAUCAUCCGUAUCCUGUUGAGUUCGGUGGGCUGCCAAAAGUGUUCAAACUACGCGGCAAGGAUUUCUACAUCCGAUUCACCGCAAUCCCGAAGCUGGUUGUGGCCGGCCGGGUGUACAUCAGGGACAUGAUCCGAACGCCACUACAUCGUGACCUGCGGACGCCACCCCGCGACCAAAGUAUGCUGCCACCGUUUAUGCCUCAACUCAGCAACGUGAUGCCGUCCAUGUCGGGUCCACCAAAUCAUUUGUUCCCUGCCAUCCAACAACAAGCGCCACUGAUAGUUCCACCGAUGGUCACCGGGCUGGACUAUUUGACGAACCUUAUGCCGCAUUCGAUCCCCGCAGCCAACGUGUCCAACAACUUGACCGGCUACCAGAUUCAAUCCGAGGAUAAACCAGCAGCAGCACCAAUCAUGACAACACCGGCCAUAGCUGCGCCUCCAGCGACCAACUCCACCGCAAUCCCAAUCCUGCAAAACAUCAACAUCGACGAGCUGUACAAGAAAAUCGUGGCUGCCGGAAUUCUCUCCAAGAGCAACAGCGCUCCGGCCAGCACCUCGACGUCCGCCACUUCGGUCGCCAGCAAGCUGGACAAGGCCCUCGAAGAAGAGCUGGAGGAAAUCGAACCGGUGUUCCUGAACAAAGCCGACCAGCUCAAGAAGCGCCAAUCGGCCAUCGUUUCACAGCUGUUUUGUGGAAUGCAGUGCAGCAGUUGCGGCGUCCGGUUCCCGCCGGAACAAACCAUGAAGUACAGCCAGCAUCUGGAUUGGCACUUCCGGCAGAACCGUCGCGAUCGUGACUCCGCCCGGAAGGCACACUCGCGCAAGUGGUACUACGACGUGUCCGAUUGGAUCCAGUACGAGGAGAUCGAAGACCUGGAGGAGCGCGAGAAGAACUGGUUCGAGACGCAACAAACCGAGCAGACCGAGUUCAACGGCGAUGGCGAUACGGGUGGGCGCAACGUGGAGUCUCCCGUGCCGAGCUGUCCGGCUGGCUCGGACGAGGCGGACAAGCGGUGCCACAUGUGCCACGACGAGUUUGAGCAGUUCUACUGCGAAGACACCGAAGAAUGGCACCUGCGGAAUGCUACUAGGGUGGAGGAGAACACGUACCAUCCGUUGUGCUACGAGGACUACAAGGCAUCGCUGACGCUCGACGAGACCGCCAUGAACGCCACCACCGACGAUGCGGACAAGAGCAAGAUCGAUGACGACGUCGAGGAGGUGAAGAUCAAGCAAGAGGUGAUCAGCGAUGCUGACGACACCGCCAGGGAAAUCAUCAUGGACGACGAUGACGACGUCAUUGUGUUGCCUCCGUCGAAGGAAGUCGUGACCGAAAUUCCCGACGACGACGACAUUGAGACGCUGGACUCGCACUCAACGGGCGAGGACGGCCGAACGCAAUCGGCUGCGGGCGGUGAAGACGGUGCCAGCAAAUCGGCGGAACCGCAGAUAAUCGAGACGCGCAUCGAUGACGACCUUGCCAUACAGGAGCCCACGAUAGAGAACAUUACCGUGAACGAUCUGGACGAAAGCGAAGAGUUCCGCAGCGGUGGUCCCGACGAGAGCUCCCAAACUAGUCAACCGAUCAAGGUGAAGGAGGAACCGAAGGAUGACGAUGAGAUCGACGAAGAGGACGCCCAGUUUGAGGACGUGGGUACGCUCGAGCAGUCGGUUAUGGUGGAAGAUGUUUCCAAAGACACAGACACCGUUGACGUGGAAGCGGUUCCGUCGCCAACGCCAGCACUGGAGAGCACCAGCCAGAGUCAGCUGAAGCCAUCGCUCGACGGAAACAUCGAGCUGCAGGACGCACCCGCGACCAGUAUCAUUACGAACCGCAUCAAAAUCAAUAUCACAAAGGCAAAAACCACAAACACCUCAGCCUCAGCAGCCACUAGCAAUAGCGUAAGUUCUCACGGAGGUGGUUCUAGCAUUGCGGUUCUGGUCAGCGGUGGAGGCGGCGGCGGCAACAACAACUACAUCGACAGUAACUGCGAUGACCUGCUGUACUCGAACCUGGACGACGUGCACGGCGGCGGUGACAACAGCCAGAACAGCAGCAACCAGUUGAUAAUGAUGAUGCAUGAAGAAGACCUAGAAGAAUCUAAUAAAGGCCCGGUCACGGCGACCGAAGAAGAACCGACUGAUCUUGCGUAUGAUUUGAAGCCGAGUCUGCACGGUAUUGAAUUCAUCCGGCAGCCUCGCGUCGAGAACGGAUUGGAACAAUCCGGGCUCUGCUCUAUAAUGUAAGAAAGUACGUUCAACUAAACAAACCAUGAAUUGAAUGAGUGUGCGCGAGAAGCGACAGAGUGAAGAAUCGAAGAAUGAUGUGAAGAAAAACAACAAAAACAAAAAAAUGUGAUACAAUCCCUGGUUCCAGCCGGCCCCUGGAAUGGUCCCCCCAACUAAGAGUCGGAGGGAAUCGUGCGCGCUCGCUCGGGAAAGGGAUAACCUUUUUUUUUAAGCAAACUAGAAAAAUAAUUACAACAUCCCCCCAUCAUCCCUUUUAGCAGUUAAGUUAGUUGUGUACUUUGAGUCAUUUCAGUUUUCGAGGAAAAUGUCCAACUACAAAGAAACAAAAACCAAGCAUCACACGAGUUUUUUAAUUGAAUUGAAUUGAACACCUAGUCUUAAGUUUUGUAGUAGUUUUGAAGAAACAUGAGUGGAAAUAAAAUUUAACCAUUGUCCCCUUCCUCCUCAGAACUGCGCGGAAUAAAUGUGGGUGCAAAAAUACUUCGAUGCAAUAAAUAUACCACCUGGAAUUAAUUUCGCUUUCGGUAAUUUGUAAACAAAGAAAGAAAAUGAACUUGAUUUUGGUUUCGCUAGGGAAGUAUGGUUUUGUACAUAUUAUUUAGUCAAAUAUUAGCUUUUUUUAGUUGCCCUUAGUUGUUGUUACCUUAUUUCAUAAUUUAACUUUUGAUUUGAAACAUUUUUCAACGACGAAAUACGUGCAAAAUAUAAGGAUUGAUGGUAAGAAAUCGACGCUUUUAUAUUUUUUUUUGUAUAAAAUUUGAAAAUAAAUAAAAAACUUUGAAACAAUAACUGUUGAAAGUUUCUUUUCUGGAAAAGAUAUGGUAAAUGUGUAAUUUGAAAAGUGUAAUAAAUUUCGAAAUAAAAUAAAUUCAUGAUAAAACAAAAAUAACUAAGUGAGUUCAUAUGUAUCGCAUUUUACACGCAUAACAAAAUAAAAAUAAUCUAUAAGAACACGUGUAUUUUCAAUGGGUUGAUAGUUAAUAAAGAGUUAAAGAUAUUAGUGCAUGCAAAAAAUAA